AAGAGAAGCGCUAAAAUGGCGAGAACCAAGCAGACCGCCCGCAAGUCCACCGGAGGCAAAGCUCCCAGGAAGCAGCUGGCCACCAAGGCGGCCCGCAAGAGCGCCCCGGCCACCGGCGGCGUCAAGAAGCCUCACCGUUACAGGCCCGGUACCGUGGCUCUCCGUGAGAUCCGUCGCUACCAGAAGUCCACCGAGCUGCUCAUCCGCAAGCUGCCCUUCCAGCGCCUGGUCAGGGAGAUCGCUCAAGAUUUCAAGACCGACCUGCGCUUCCAGAGUUCGGCCGUCAUGGCUCUGCAGGAGGCCAGCGAGGCUUACCUGGUCGGCCUGUUCGAGGACACCAACCUGUGCGCCAUCCACGCCAAGAGGGUCACCAUCAUGCCCAAAGACAUCCAGCUGGCACGUCGCAUCCGAGGGGAGAGAGCAUAAGCUUUCCUUCUCGCACCACAACGGCUCUUUUAAGAGCCAACACACUUGACUCUAAAUGGCAGUCUCACAUAAAUACAGUAUGCAUACCAACAUCAUAAUUAGUAUGCCGUUUUGAAGGACUACAGAUGACGACAGUUAACUCUUGUCCAUGUAAUAGGAUGCAUGAAAUAUAUGUGAGAAACUAACAAGUUAACUUCCAGGAGGCCCAAUGAUUGGGCUGAAAAGGAAAGCUUCCAGGAUUGCUCCUGAAAUAACAAAGGUGGAAGUUAAACAAAACAGCAAUUUAAUGGUAAAUUGGGUUCCACUUGUGCUUUUCUACCUUGAAGGUAUACUUAAACUUUUUCUGGAAUAUAUUUGUAUACUGUUCUAGUAUUCUAAAUGUGAGAAACUCA